AGCGUGGUUAUGCAUAUUUCUACACUACUCGAAUUUAACAAACACAUUAAUUGUAGAAAAGUAGUAUAAAAGCAGUAUAAAAGAUAAAAUUUCUAACUAAUUUUUGAAUUAGUUUUAUGUUAGUUCUCUUGUGGUUAGUUGAUGAGCUAGCGUUAGAUAGUAAAGGUAUGGAAUGUUGUGUUGUCGUUUUAUUUUGAAGUAACCAAGGGAAAUAUAAUUGCAAAGAAAUGUCAGAGGUAAAAAUAAGAAGACAUGAAGAAUGUUCGAAGUAAGAUAAAAUGCAGUUCAAUCCUAGAAACGUAAUAACGCUGCUAAUGAGUGAUUCAUUUUUAAAUAUGCCUCAAACUCCUACUAUCGAAAUAGAAAUAGAAGUAAAACAGAAAAUAGAAAAUUUGUUACAAAGUAUUUAUGAAAAUGAAUUGAUAGUAAAAGAAGAAGUGUCUCUGGAUUUUGAAAAUUCAUUUGACACUUUGGAAACAAAUUUAAUAACAAACGAAGAACGGCACGAAGCAGAUCAACCUGCGUACGAUGUAAAGGAAAUAACAUGUGCAAAUGAUAUAAUUCCAAUAGAAUACAAAAGAAGAGCUGUUGAAUAUUGGAGACAUGAUGAAGCAAGUCAACCUACGUACAAUGUAAAGGAAAUGACAUGUGCAAAUGACAUGAUUCCAAUAGAAUACAAAAGAAGAGCUGUUAAGUAUUGGAGACGUGAUGAUUCAGUUAGGCCAAAAUCGUUUGAGAAUGUAAAACAUAGAUUUCGAAAACUCACAUCACCGCGCGAGUUACGACGAUGGCGGGAACAAGUGAACAGAGGUGGUACCAGACUGGAGAAGCUGAAAGAAAUUUCAUCGUAUACGUUAGAUAAAUUCAAGGAAGCAGUACAGAACGGCAUUAUUAUUCAUGACACUGAUAUUGCUCGAUGGGCGCUGAAAGCACAACAGGAAAUUAACUGUCCAGGAUUUACAGCAUCACCUAGUUGGAUACUUCGAUUUAAAAAAUCUUUGAACAUGACUAUUUAUGACGCAAAAUAAUACUCAAUUCUGGGAAAAAAAGAAAUAAGGCUUUAUCACUUUUAAAUAAUAAAUAUUAAUAAAGAAUUUUUUUAAUGACU